AUGGCAGAGCUCAGUGCCGUGCAUGCGCAUGGGGAUCCUGGUAGCUUUCGGGACUUAUCGCAGCCGGAGAUGCAGAAGCUCGUGGCUGAUGAUGUGGAGCUGUUUCUGCUCACAAGUCCUUUUGCAAGCCUCGUGAACCACUGCUGGCAGCAAGACUGGUCUUCCAUGCAGGCUGAGCUGCCGCUGUACGCCUGCUUUGACAUCAACCAGGCCGAUCCCUCCAUUGGCCCAAACUCCAGCGUAUCCUGCACUGUGAACUGUCUGCUCUUCUGCUCUGCCUGGUACAAGCAUCCGAAUCCAGACUUCAUAUGUCGUUGGCUGGAACAGCCGUGGGACGAAGCGCCGGUGCUGCGGUCCCUGCUGAAAGAAGGUGCUGCUCUCAUGUCUGAAUACCUUGCAGUCGUCCGUGAGCGACAACAGGCAGAGUUGAACAUUGAGCUUGACAUGUACACUUUGCCCGAGGAAGUGCAGCAUGAGGUGCUGCACGGGCAUUUGCGGGACAGCCCUCGAUGGAACUGCCUCCGGCCCUUUCUGACAGAUGCGACGUUCUCUCACAUAGCAUGCGGUGUGAAGCUGCAAGAGGCGACAGAGUUGGCACUCGGCCACAGGCUGUCCCUCACACGACUGCAGUCAGCCGCCUACUUUUUCGUCUGCAACCACAAGUCCUUCGUGGUCGUGGGCUGUGGUCAUCAGAGCUCUGGUUGUGCCUUGCUUCUCUUUGACAGCCACGGCCUGAGUCUGCAGGCCACGGAAUGCUCGGGCUCGGCGUUGUGCCGUGAUGCUGAACAAGUUCUCGAGUACCUUUGCCGGCAUGGCGAGCACUCCCUGUAUGGCCCAAACCAGGUGACCCAGCUCUAUGCCUCUGUCUUCGAAGGCACGGCAACGUCGUGCCAAGCCUGCCGUGCCCCAGCGUCAGAACUUCUGCGAAGUGUGCGAAGCAUGACAUCCCGGCCGGGAGACGGUGCAGGCUUAUCUGUGAAGCCAGAGGCAGCGCCUACAUUCGGCAUGCCUUUGUCCAGCUGCUUCCCCGAGAGCCUGAUCGUCCUUGAGCCUCCCUCGGAGAGCCCUGUAGGCACCCCGCCCAGGAAGGUGCCUCGUGUUGCCGGCUCAGAGACCACUCAUGCUGCUUCAGAGGCGCUCGUGAAGAAGGAGGCUGCUGACAGCAACAUGGACAUUGACCCACCUGAGUUUCAGGAGGCAGCGACGGAGGACGUGAAGAUGGAGGUGAAGACCGAGCCGGCUUGCGAUGGCGAUGCCGAUGAAGAGGUGCCCCUGACUGCUUUGGUUGGGCAGCCUCCUGCAAAGCUGAGCGGUGCUCAGGCGAGCAAGAAACCCACCAAGGAGGAGAAGCUCCUGCUGAAGAAAGCUGAUGCCAUGCUGGCAGCCUAUGGUACUGGUUUCCCAGCUUGGUUCAAGGUCCACUCCUUUCACGGGGUCAAGGGCCACUGGAACCAGUUCAAGCUCAAGCUGGCAGCGGACUCCAUUGGUUCGCUGGGUUGCAGGUCCUGCUCUACCUUCUUCCGUUCCCUGGAUGCCAGCAAGGUCCAGCAGCAACAGCAGCUGGUGGUGCCCAGCGAGGGCGAUGAGGUCCCGGCUGGCGAGGUGGUGCUCCUGGAUCCCGCCGCUCUGAAACCACAACAGCCUCGGAGCAAGAUCACCGGUGCUGAGCGCCUGGAGGUGCUCAAGAGGGAGGAGGGCGUGGGCCCUGUUCCGAAAGGCCCCUCGGGGACGGCGAUCAAAGACGUCGGUGCUUCCUCUCUGGUUGAAGUCGACGCAAAGCGAGACUCCACUAUCCAUUUCCUGCUGCAGCAUGAAUGCUACGACAUGCAUUGGACCCGGGCCCACUCGGAUGAGAUACCGAGGCAGUGCCGAGGUGUGAAGAUCAUCCCACGAUCCGAGUCCAGCCAGGAGUAUCACAUCGAGACGUGCACCCGUUCGCUGCAAGUCUGGAUGGGCCUGGACUUUCCCUGGUCGGGCCAGCAGUCCCUCCCGCAUGGCUGCUACAUGGAGACUGUGGACUCCGAGGUCAUCUGCUGGGUGCGAUGCCGGCCCUGUCAAACGAGCCCUGCCGUGCUGCAGCCGGGCGAGGAUGCUUGUGUGAACUGCCGAAAGCUCGCAAACAAGGAGGCCUUCGCAUCCAAAGUAGCCUCAUGGGUUUACCUAGUGGACUUGCUGUGUCUUCUGCAUGCAACAUAUGCUGCGGUUCGGAAGGAAAGGAGGGAGGCACUCCAGGCCCUCGGCAGUGCAGACUAUCGUCGAGUCCUGAGUUGCCACUCGGUGGCCCAGCUGGAAACCAUGACGUGGCCGGAGCUGCACCAAGUGGUGCGACAGCAGGCCCCAGUGACGACACCGGCAGCCUUUCAGAACUCUGCGGCGCUGAACCUCCUCAGAACCAGGUUUCAGUGGCUCCCGACCACUGUCAACAAAGAUGCCAUCAACAAGCUGGACCGUCAGCACUUGCAAAAACAUCUCGAGUUCCUAGUCGGGCAAGAGACCGAGGCCGGGUUCACGUGCAUGCUCUCCGAAGAGUUGCGGCAGGGCAGGCUCGACAGCAUGGAGUGCUGCCGAGUCCUCAUGAGUUGCUUAGCAACGCGACUCAGGCUGCUGUCGGCGAACCAGAAGCGGCUGACAACAAGCCACGUCCAAGGCGUCACGGACGCCCAGCUCCAGGACGUCGGCUUCUUUUUGGCAAGCAUCAGCAGCACCAGUCAGUUGAUGGAGCUCUUCGGUCUGAAUCCUCGCGAGUUGAACAAGCCGCCAUCGUUCGACGAAGCCUUGCCGGAUUUUUUCUGUGCCUCCGCCGAAGAGCCGGAGCAAGCAGGCAUGAGGUCGACCCUGUUCCGCAACCUGCAGACGACGAUCGGGAUCCUGGGUGUGGCCCAGUCGCGGUCCUGGGUCUUGUCCUUCGACGAGACUGUGACGUGGCCGGCCUACGGCAUCUACAACAGUCGCAGCCACGGGCGCUGCUAUGUAGGUGGCGGGGAUGAGAUGUCCAUGCUGCCAUGCUCCGAUCACUAUGCGAGCGACUUGAAGAAGGAAAACCUGGCCCAGUGUGUCUUUGCAGUUCUAGUGAAGCGGGUGGAGACCUUCCGCCACCCGUACUGCGUCCUUCUCCAGCCGAGACGCCUCAAGGCCAUCACGAGCCAGAGCAAUCUCUGCAAGAUCGGCAAACUGUGGGAGCUGGCUGCCGAGUGUAACGGUGGCAUUCCGCCACUUGCGAGCAGCCAUGACAACGCCACGACGCAGGUGGUGUUCAGCGAGGUGAUGCUCGGCCUGGUUCCGCUGGAGCGUUUGGCGGAUGUUCCGCCUCCCGACUGCUGA